AUGUGUAAUGAGCAGGCUAGUCGGAUUAGUGAUCGGGUUAGUCUAACAAGUAAUCACGUUAGUCAAGUAAGUGAUCAGGUUAGUCAAGCAAGUGAUCGGGUUAGUCAAGUAAGUGAUCGGGUUAGUCAAGCAAGUAAUCGGGUUAGUCAAGCAAGUGAUCAGAUUAGUCAAGCAAGUGAUCAGAUUAGUUUAACAA